AUGUCGGACAUGGAGCAGGAAUGGAAACCAAAGGGUCGCCCACAGUCGACCAUGGCUCAGGCCUUUUCCUCAACGCUGGAUAGCGUCUUCGCACUGGACUCGGAUGUUGAUCACCUUUCGCAGACUAUAGAUCAGAAGAGAUUUCAAAUGAUCAUACAAACGAGAGAGUUGGAGGAACUGCAGGCCAAGAUCCGCGAGACCGAGCGACGUCUGAAAGCUCGUCAAUCACUCAUCGUGGAUGGAAACGGCUCCGGAAACAGCGCAGGCGCAUCGAAGGUGGAGAACGAAUACCGGACAGCAGAGUCCUCCACUUCGACCGCGACAUCUCCCACAGAUUCAGCGGGGCAGUACUCCAGCAGUGACGAACAGCGAGACCAAGACCGAAGCCGCAACUCGUGA